GAAGAGUUACUAUCAGAUCGCUUUGCUGACCUUCUAAACUGAAAGAACUGCAGCCUUUGCAUAGGGACUGUCGCAUCACUUGUCUUCUGUCUAGAAAUUAUUUGAACUUCCGUUGAAUACGAAGGUACAUUAAAUAACGCGAAGGAUGAUAUGCUGCUCCACAUGUGAUCGUGUACAAUAAUCUAUAUAUGUUACCUUGGGAGAGUUACCAUCAGAUCGCUUUGCUCACCUUCUAAAGUGCAAGAACUGCAGCCUUUGCAUAGGGACUACAGCACCACUUGUUAUCUGUCCACAAAUUAUUUGAACUUUGGUUGAAUACGAAGUGACGAGGAUCCUACUGCUGAUUCAUCAUGUGGCUUCCUUUGCUGGUAGUGUUGGGUUUGAUCUUCUUAUACAGAUGGUACCGACAAAGUCUAAUCCUGGACAAUCUCGCAGGCAAAUAUGUGUUCAUUACUGGAUGUGACACAGGAUUUGGAAAUAUUCUGGCAAGGAACUUGGACAAACGUGGAAUCAGGGUUCUGGCUGCAUGUCUGAGAGAGACUGGAGCUGAAAAUCUGAAAAAAGAGACUUCCAGUAGACUGCAGACUGUCAUUUUAAAUGUCACUGACAGUGAGAGUGUCCGCAGUGCAGCCAAAUGGGUAUCUUCUAUUGUUGGAGAACAAGGGCUCUGGGGCCUAGUAAACAAUGCCGGAGUCAGCGUCCCAUGUAGUCCAGAUGAAUGGCUGACCAAAGAAGAUUACUCAAAAGUCAUUGAUAUUAACCUGUUGGGGAUGAUUGACGUGACAAUCAAUCUCUUGCCAUUUCUCCGGAAGGCCAGAGGGCGCCUGGUUAACAUGUCUAGCUCUGUAGGAAGAUUGACUAUGACUGUUGGACCAUAUAGUUUAUCCAAGUAUGCAGUAGAAUCCUUCUCAGACAGCAUCAGGCGUCAGAUGAGGUUUUUUGGUGUGAAAGUGGCUAUCAUAGAACCAGGAGCAUUUGACACACAGAUAACAAACAUAGACGCAACCAGAGGAGAUUUAAUGAGAACUUGGAAAACUGCUCCAGAAGAAGUGAAAAAAAGUUAUGGAGAAGAUUAUUAUAAAUACGCCCUCAAGGCUGCUGAACAAGUAAAACACCUUGUCAACAAAAACGUGAAUCUGGUCCCACAAGCCGUAGAGCACGCUCUGACCGCUGUUCAUCCAUGGACACGAUAUUCUGUAGGCCUGGAUGCUAAACUCAUAUAUUUGCCUUUGUCCUAUUUUCCCACAUUUUUCACAGACUUUCUCUUCACACUUCCCCAGCCUAAACCAGCCCAAGUAAUGUGAUCUUGUAUUUUUGAUUGUCCUAUUUGCCAAAACAUGCUAUAACAUGAACCUAGUCAUUUUUGAUCUAUCAGUCUGCCAUGACGUAUAGGCCAAAGGGCAUUCCAUAUUUCUCGGAAGUUCUUUUUAAAGACCGGAACUCCAAAAAAACGUAAGAUUUUCCAUAGGGAACAUUUAUAAAUGUUAAUUGUGCCAAAGAAGCAACAGAAAUAUGCACCUUUUUGUAGUCUCAAGAGAUUGCCGUGGAAUUUGGUGAUAUCACAAUGUGCUGUUCAGUGCUCACUGUUCUCCGUUCUGGGGAUCUUUCAUGAAGAAGCAAAUUCCUGCUUUUACCAAGAUGGCAACCUUCACAGUGUAGAGCAAGCCAGUAUUGAGG